UCUCAAACCAUGAAUUACGUGGGGCAGCUGGCCGGGCAGGUGAUUGUCACUGUGAAGGAGCUCUACAAGGGCAUUAACCAGGCCACACUGUCCGGCUGCAUCGAUGUCGUGGUGGUGCGGCAGCAGGACGGCUCCUACCAGUGCUCGCCCUUCCACGUGCGCUUCGGGAAGCUGGGCGUCCUGCGGUCCAAAGAGAAAGUGAUCGACAUAGAAAUCAAUGGCGAUGCAGUGGAUCUUCAUAUGAAAUUGGGUGACAACGGGGAGGCUUUCUUUGUGGAGGAGACCGAAGAGGAAUAUGAAGAGCUUCCUGCUUACCUCGCCACCUCACCCAUCCCAACUGAAGAUCAGUUCUUUACAGAUAUUGACCCCCCUUUGGUGAAACCAGGUGGAAGUGAAAGACCAUCACAGAGUUCAGACGUCUCCCACGUUCUGGAAACAGAGACAGUUUUCACCCCCAGUUCUGUGAAAAAGAAAAAACGAAGGAGGAAGAAAUGCAAACAGGACAGUAAGAAGGACGAGCAGGCCGCUUCCCCUGCUGCAGAAGACGCCGUGGGUGUGGGGCUGAGCUCGGACGAUGACGAGGCGGCCCAGUCGGCAAGAGGAUCUUCAAAUGCUUCCUUAAAGGAGGACGAGUACAAGGAGCCUCUGCUUUUCCAUUCUGGAGACCACUACCCCUUAUCUGAUGGGGACUGGUCCCCCUUAGACGCCCCCUAUACCCCGGCGGUGUGUCCUAAGAGCGACUCAGAGCUGGAGGUGAAACCCGCCGGGAGCCUGCUCAGAUCCGAGUCCCACAUGGAGUGGACGUGGGGAGGGUUCCCGGAGUCCACCAAGGUCAGCCUGCUCCUGUUCACAGCGCCCAGGGAGCCCUGUGGUUGGGAAGCUGGGAACGUGGGCAGCUGUGUGAAGGCCAUGCUUUCCUCCCGCAGCGAGUCGGAGCCCGGCUCCAGGCAGUGGCCCGAGUCCGACACGCUCUCUGGCUCCCAGUCCCCACAGUCUGUGGGCAGCGCGGCCGCCGACAGCGGCACCGAGUGCCUCUCAGACUCUGCCAUGGACUUGCCCGACGUCACCCUGUCCCUCUGCGGGGGCCUCAGCGAGAACGGAGAGAUUUCUAAAGAGAAAUUUAUGGAGCAUAUCAUUACUUACCAUGAAUUUGCAGAAAACCCUGGACUUAUAGACAAUCCCAACCUUGUAAUACGGAUAUAUAACCGUUACUACAACUGGGCGUUGGCGGCUCCCAUGAUCCUCAGCCUGCAGGUCUUCCAGAAGAGCUUACCUAAGGCCACAGUUGAGUCCUGGGUCAAAGAUAAGAUGCCAAAGAAAUCUGGUCGCUGGUGGUUUUGGCGUAAGAGAGAGAGCAUAACCAAACAGCUGCCAGAGGCCAAGGAAGGGAAAUCGGAGGUGCCGCCGCCCAUCGACCGGCCGUCGAGCGCGAAGGAGCCAGCCAGUGGCAGGCCGGCUGAGGAAGACUCGUCGAGUGACGAGGGGUCCCAGGAGCUGGAAGAAUCCAUCCAAGUGGACCCCAUCCCUACGGAGCCGCCGAGCCACAGCAGCACCACCUCCUAUAAGAAGUCUCUUCGUCUGUCCUCAGACCAGAUCGCAAAACUGAAGCUCCAAGACGGCCCAAAUGACGUCGUGUUUAGCAUUACAACCCAGUAUCAAGGCACCUGCCGCUGUGCGGGGACCAUUUACCUGUGGGACUGGAACGACAAGGUCAUCAUUUCUGACAUCGACGGGACGAUAACCAAGUCUGAUGCUUUAGGACAGAUCCUUCCACAGCUGGGUAAAGACUGGACUCAUCAGGGUAUCGCAAAGCUCUACCAUUCCAUCAAUGAGAAUGGCUACAAGUUCCUGUACUGCUCCGCCCGCGCCAUCGGCAUGGCCGACAUGACCCGCGGCUACCUGCACUGGGUCAACGACAAGGGCACGAUCCUGCCCCGCGGCCCCCUGAUGCUGUCCCCCAGCAGCCUGUUCUCCGCCUUCCACAGGGAAGUAAUAGAAAAGAAACCAGAGAAGUUCAAAAUUGAGUGUCUAAAUGAUAUCAGGAAUCUCUUUGCCCCGUCUAAGCAGCCCUUCUAUGCGGCCUUUGGAAACCGUCCAAACGAUGUCUACGCUUACACACAAGUUGGAGUUCCAGACUGCAGGAUCUUCACCGUGAACCCCAAGGGUGAGCUGAUACAAGAGAGGACCAAAGGAAACAAGUCAUCGUAUCACAGACUGAGCGAGCUCGUGGAACACGUGUUCCCACUUCUCAACAAGGAACAGAAUUCCGCCUUUCCGUGCCCGGAGUUCAGCUCCUUCUGCUACUGGCGAGACCCGAUCCCUGAGGUGGACCUGGACGACCUGGCCUGAGGCCGCACCGCCAGUGGGAGGCCCUCCGUCACCCGCCACGCAGCAAGGGAAGGUGACCAGCCCUUCUGCUGGACAGAGGACAUGGGGUCCCCUCCCGGCCACAGGUGUGGGACAAGACGUGCUGACAGUCGGGCACCAGCAGGGACGGGAAAGCUGCUGGGGCUGGAACCGCCUUCCCCCUUCCCCCUCCCGGGCCCUGAGGGGCUGCUGUUCGGUGCCGCGGCCGGAGCCACGAGGGGAGCUCGGGCUUUAGGCUGGAGGCCUGGGCUCUUUUCACUGGCCUGUCCUCCCACACGCUCUGUGUUGUGUGCUGGGUGCUCCUUUAAUUGCCUGAUUUAAAAAGAAGGAAAAAGAAGCUAAGAGUGGACCAAAAUGUUGCACAAAGUAAAGUGUUCUCAUUUCCACUGGGCAGUUGAAAGUGUUUCUCUCAAAAGGAGGGCCUUCUUCAGGGGAUCACGGUCCAGUGGUGAUGUCGGUCCAAACCGCCUGUGCACAUUUCUUCUGUGGCUUCUCCCUCCCUGCUCCACAGAAACGGGACGCUUGCUCGGGCCCCCGGGGUGACAAACGUGGGCUUCGGGGGAACAUAAGGUCCUCAUAUCACCUUCUCACCUGUGACUAUUCCACGGUGGGGACCUGAACUGAGGUGUCGUGUCUCGGACUGGCAGGAAGGAGCAGGUCUUGCAGGAUGUAUGUGAUGCCCGUAAGAGCCUUCCUAGCAGGAGUUGGUUAAACAGCAAGGAACAGCUCUGUUCUUAGGGAGGCCUUGGAAAUGCAGGUGAGCACUUGUGACGGGUCCUGGGAAGGGUCCUUUCUCCGUCCCUCUGCCUGCAGCCCAGUUUCCCAGCCUGGUUGUGAUGAGCCCUUGUCGGACCCGAGCAGGCCGCCCCAGAGAAGGGGGGUUCUGUCCACAAGCCUCUGCAGAGCUGUGAGCACGAGCCUGCAGAGGUGAGGCUGGGUGUGGACGGUCCCCUUGGUGUUAGAAUCGAGAAAACUGUUAGACAGGAGCUCUCCUGAGAGCAGCAGGGCCCACACACAGCCCCGCGUUGGGUGAGAGAGCAGUGGGCAGGUUCCAGAGCGGAGGGCGGGCGCCCGAUGGGAACGCUGCAGAGCAGUGCAGGCCCGGCCCCCGGCCCCCACGGUUUCCUUUCCCACCUGUGCUUUCCCUGUGCUGGUCUGGCAGGGGCACUCUUCCUUGUAGUUUGCUCCACCGAAAUAAUAGCUGAUCUAGAGCUGGGGAAAUGGGGGCGGUUAUUUUCCAGAUUGGAGAGUUGAAAGUCCCUGACUCGGUUGAGCCGUGUUUCCCAGUGCUGUUGGGUGCAGGGACGACGGCACAGUCCCCGGAACGCAGCGCUCAGUGGCAGAGGCUGGCGGAGCCACACACGCUUCCUCCGGUGCAAGCCGUCCCGCCGUAAAUAGCUCAAGGACUCAUCAUUUAAAGAAUUUAUUUAUGUACAGUAGGCCAGGGAAAAUAGGUUGUGCUUGUAUGAAGUUCUGCCCAGUUAGUGAAAUCAAUUCCUUGUACGGUGGCCCUGCAGUUACUUCAUCUCAUAGAUGCCAUCGGCCUGUCGCCCCACGUUUGCUUUAGGCGGUUACCCUGAGCUUCGUAGGGCUUUGCUAUGUGCGGUACGGAAAUCUUGAUAACGCACCUUCUGUAGUCUUUUGUUGGCUGUCCUUUAAGGAGUUUCUGACUAGACACUUUCUUUUUCUCGAUAAGCUCUUCUCUCUGGACACAGGGGCAUCUUAGAGGGUCAAACCUGGGAACCCAGGUCUCCCGGCCCUGCACUGAGGGUGGCUGACCCCUCUGCCUGGGGGCCAUCAGCACUAGACUUUAUCAUUUUGUCACCGCAGAUUGAUCCAGUGGGUACAUAUGCUAAUUAACCUGAGUCUUUUUCCUUAUUUAAAGGAGUCCCUUUUGCUGAAAGUAGAUGAUUACUAUUACUAUAGUGUUAAGAAAGUAUUAAGUUUGUGCGAAAAUUCAUUGCCAUUUGGUACAAAUGACAUUUGUUCUUUCUGUGAAAGAGAGAUGCCCUCGAGUGUGUUUGUACACAGACCCUUCUGAUGGGAGCUAAUGAAGGAGCAGCAGCCUCUCGCUGCUUUCGGGGACGGGCAACGUCACGGGGCGGGGGGGGGGGGCGCGAGGUGGACUGGGCUCUUCUAAUCGCUCUCUCCGCUGCUCCACUGGUGAAAUGGCCGUGGCCCCUUUCCCUCUUUCCAGUCCAACCCGACUUGAGUAUCUGCCUUGGUGUCCGCGUGCUGAAGCUUGUAUGGCUCUAGUGUUGACAUCUGCAUCUCUACAGGGCUUACGGAGUGCGCGCGUGGGCCCAGAGCAUGCAGACUUGGCCCGCGUGUCCGUAUCGUGUUUGCUGUGCUUUAAAGUGCUUUAAAACAUCUGCAUAGUUUUCAGCUGGAAAAAGAAAAAGCUUACUAGUGUGAUGUCAUGAAAUGAAAGCUGUUGACAGUCUAGGAACAAGAGCCAGCUCACCAUCCGGAAAGUACGCGUGCCUUUGGCCGCACGUGGCCCUUCUGGAGGGUGUCCUUGAAGCUGCAGGCAAGACCGAAGAAAUGGGCAGAGAGUAAACUCUCAGGUUUUGCAAGUUGGUGAAAACAGACUCUCCCAGGGAAUUUUAUCAUCUUUUCAAGUAUCAUCAUAGUUACUCUGGGAAGCCUUGUCUUCCUCUGUUUUAGAGAAUGCUGGGUUUAAUGAAACUGGUUGAAGAUUGAGUUUUUGUUUAAAGUAAGUGCUCUUUCCAGGUGAAAACUACUUUUUUUGGUUUGUUUUAAAGGUAAGAAAGGGAAGGGAAAACUUUACUCUUUUAAUUUAAUCAUUACGUUCAGUCUGUGAUGACAUAUUUGAUUAUUAGGCACAGCAGUGCCACUAACAAGUUUUUUAAGUUGUCAGAAAUUGUAAACAUCAGUUCAGUACUUAGUUUAUGGCGAAGACAACUGUCUUAAGAUAAGUGGCUCAUUUUGGUGCAGUGUUUGAUGUUCAAAACAAAAUGUUACGACAAUAAACGAACGUAAACUGAA